GAUCUGGUCCGCCCACACCACUGAAGCAGAUGAGCGCUUGCUCACACCGGAAUGGCGGCUCUUUUGGAAUCGUUGCUUCUGCAGAAAGUAGAGACAAGAAAGGCCGUAGAGUGGCUGAAAGAUGCCACGAGUGACAGCUUGUCAUCGAGCGAGCUUCAUGUGACAGCUGACAGACAGGAGUUCGUACCUUUCCUGUUGAACUUCCUGAGGGAGCAGAGCAACCAUGCACUCACCCACGGUCCGGCCACGCCCGCUAAAACCCCCAGCCGCCCCCGAUCCCUCCUGCCUCAGGACCCCCCCAGCGAGCGUGGAAGGUCAACAGGGGCUGGUUCUGGUUCCCGGAGUGCCAGCCGUGUCCAGCUCUUCCUCCCGGCCCCCUCCAUCUCUCCUCAGGGAGGGGCGGAGUGGGAUGCUACUAGCCUGUCUGGGUCCCUGAACCAGAGUGCCUUCAGUGCCCUCAGCAGCCCUUCCUUCAGCUCCACAUGGAGCCCGGCUUCCAGGCCCUGCCCUUCCGAGCGCCGCCCUGCCCAGCGCGGGGUCAGCCUGGGGGAUUUCAUGGCCUCGUCCCCGGAGCUCCAGCCCAGCCCAAACCUCCAGCGAGGCCGCAGGAGGACCCCUGGGAUGGGAGGAGGGCCGCAGGGAAGGCACGGAGGGGGGCGCGGGUACCCGGUGGAGGAAGGGGGGAGAUGGGAGGGUGGGGGGCGGAGGAGCAGGGGAGGAGGGGCCAGUAGGGUGAGCGAGCAGGUGUCUCCGCCCACUGUGGAACCGCUGAACUUCAACAGCUUGGAAGACUUCCCGCCUGUGGGGGUCUCACGCACAUCUCCACCGCCGUCGAAGCCGUCUCGGAGAAUCAAGCCCACCCCCGUCAGCGUGGAGCGGCCUCACUCCAGACCCAAGAGCUGCUUCACCUCCACCCCAAUCAGCAAGGCCCCCAGCCCCACCCCGGGCUCCGAGCCUGCAACGGGGGCCCCCGCCCUGGGCAGCCCCCUCAGCCUGCAGGAGGAGAGAGAGAUGCUGAAGAGAGAGAAGUGUAAACGAGCCCAACAGACCUGCCUCCUGCCCUCCACCCUGCCCCCCACCCCAGACCCCUGUACCUCCACCCUGCCCCCCACCCCAGACCCCUGUACCUCCACCCUGCCUCCCACCCUGGACCCAUGCACCCCCACCAAGACCGGACUGAGGGCAGAGGCCAAAGUGACCCCUGACACCCAGGCUGCAUGCCCAGAGCCCUCCAAAGUCACCCUGGCCUUUGAGCUGGGCUUACUGGCUGAGCUGUAUUGCACCUGCAUUUGCGAAAACCUGGUGCCCAACGUGUUUGUGGAGCUGUUUUUCCUGCUGCAGCUGCUGACGUCUCGAACGCCUGUAGCCCCCGAGGAAGAGGAGGAGGAGCCGAGUGUGUGUGUGCUGAAGCCAGACGUGCUGGAGAGAGGUUACCUCAGGAAGGUGCACAACUGUGUGUUCUUCUCCGUGAGGGUCCUGGAGAAUCUGUUCGACCUGCUAGCCCACCUGGACAGGGUCACCCUGCGCCUACUGGCUGAGAAUGAGAGGCUGGCCUGCUUCUCUCCAGCCCUGAGGGACCGCCUCACUCUGGCCCAGGACAGCAGCACGGCCAAGGUCUCUCCGACGGUCUCUCCCUUCAUCCACUCGGUCCCCUUCCAGCCUGCCACCGACAACAGGUCCAACUUCAGCAGUGACAAGGCCUUCCACAUUUUCAAGAAGCAGAGGGACAUCUUCUAUGAGCUGCUGAGGGAGUGGGAGGACUUCCACAAGGAGCCGGGCUGGGCCUUUGAACCUGCUCUGGGCAGCCGGGUCAGAGGAAUGGUGAGUCAGCUGACUGUAGCUGGAAACCACGCCCACUUUGCCCGCCUCUUCCUGAAACAGCUGGUGCAGAUGUGUAAAGGUCCUUGUGCCUCGGGGUCUCCCGGCGACGCACCCGACCCCGACCUGCUGGGCAUGCUGGGAGCAGACGGCCUGGGCCGGCUGAAGCGCCUGCAGGAACGCCUGAUCCAGCCGCAGGGCAUCCUGGGACCCUGUCCCCCGCCGUCCUUCCCUGGACACGAGGAGUUCUUCAGGGACUUCCUGCAGACAGCCAGCUGCUGCCAGCUGAACCAGCACCUGAAGGACAGCCUGUGUCAGCAGCUGCUGCAGCUGGACCAGGUGUCCAUCCUGGCCCCCAGCCCUCCCAGCGGAGGGGCGGGCGGAGGGGGGGAGGGCGACAUGGAGCAGCAGGAUGAGAAGCAGAGGUUCUCCUCAGUGCUGCUCCUGGCCCGUCUCCUGGCCAAGUUCCUGGGCUUGCUGUCCUUCCUGUCCUACCAGGCGUCAGAGAGCCCGUCCAGGGAGGCCCUGGAGGCGGCCGUGGCCGUGCGCAGCAAGAGUGCCCCGGUGCUGGAUGUGUGUGCGGUGCUGCGCAGCAGCGUGAAGAGGAGACGCACAGUGCUGACUGUGCCCUGGCUGGUGGAGUUCCUGUCCAUGCUGGACCACAGCGCCCCCUACCUGCCCUGCUACCGCACCGCGCUGGGCCUGCUCCGGCUGCUCUACAGGAGGAUGGCGCUGGUCCAGGCUGAGGAGGUGUGCUACCACAACCAGCUUCUCAUGGUGGCUGUAAUGGGCUGGCUCUUCCAGAUCCCAGUGAUUCCUGAGGAGUUGUUCUUCACUCGUGACUUUACUGAGGAGGCUCAGCUGGAGGAGAGCAACACCAGUGCUCCAGGACUUGAUUGUCUCCCCCUAGUGGACCAACAGCUUCUCUACACCUGCUGUCCUUUCCUGGGCGAGUUCCGGAAGCUCCUGGCCGCGUUCGUGGCGGGGAGCUCGUCCAGGAGUGGCGGUCUGAUCCGUAAGAUCACGCCCACCUCUGCCGAGCCGAGGGGUACCCCCGCCCCUCCGCGCUCCCAGCAGAAGCUACAGGUGGACCUUGAGCAAGCCUUCUUCCACAACCAGCCUCCGUCCCUGCGGCGCACAGUGGAGUUUGUAUCUGAGCGGGUGGGCUCCAACUGUGUCAAGCACAUCAAGGCCACGCUGGUGUGUGAGCUGGUCCAGAGAGGAGAGAACAUGCUACGAGAAGGCCUGGCCUCUCCAGACACCAGCGCUGCUAAACUCAACGACUCCAUCUGUGCCCAUCUGUGUGACGCAGGCAUGCAGGCGCUGGAGAGAGCGGCCAGGUUCUGCAGUGUGAAGAGUCCUGAGGCCAUCAGGGUUCUCCUUCCUGAGGAGACCUCUUCUGCUGUGCUCACCACGUCUGAGACCAUCACCAAACAUCUGGCCACAGAGAAGGCCACCAGCUGGCUCUCCUCCAACAUCACCGCCCUGAUCAAGAGGGAGUGGAAGAGCAGGAUGGAUGCUGUGGUGAAGAGCCUGCCCAGCCCUCCACCCCCCGAGGCCGGGAGGGGGGCCCCGGAGCAGCCCCCCUCCACCGCCCCCUCCAGGGCUAGGCAGGGAGGCCAGGCGGGGGUCUCCUGCCCGGCAGAGUGCCUCCACGCCGCCCCCCUGCCCUCUGACGUCCUGGUGGAGAUCAAGGAGGUCCUCAGUAUCGCUGUGGGACCCAGGUGUGAGGGGGAACAGCUGACUGGUGCUCUGCUGACAGCCCUGCUGGAGAGAGUAGCAGACACACUGACCUGCCGGAAGUACCUGUCCCCAGUGCCUGAGCAGAUGCUGCUGCGCUGCACUGUUCUGCUAGCCUGCAAACUGGUGUGUGGAGACCUGCCCCUGUACUCUGUCCAGCAGAGUGGUUCUGACCCAGCGUCUGCAGAGCGGGCUGCUCUGGAGCAGGUGUGUGAGCUGUGGAGGAAAGACUGCUGCUCCUCCGCCCCGCUCCACCUGCUGUUCUCUGAGCUGGCCCUCUCUGCCACCCUCAGCGCCGGACACACGCAGUGGAACCACUUCCUGUUUCUGGUCACCUGUCUGAUGGAGAAGGGGCUGAUGGGAGAGGAGGAAGUGAUUUCCCAUUGGAGGAAACUGUCAACGUUACCCUGGCCAGUGGAGUACAGGGAGAAGGUGCAUGAACAGCUCUCCUCCUCUUCCUCACCGCUGCGUGAGCAGCACGCGCAGGCCUCACAACAACCACUAGAGGGCGCCAACUGACCAGCCUGACGCCAAUCGCCACGCCAAUCGCAAUCUCACUGAUUCCACGCGAUCUCAUUGGUUUCACCGUACUGUCGCCGGCAGUGUGCCGUACGCGCAGGUACCGGUCCAGACUCAGCUUGUUGUUGUUGGGACUCCGGAACAUUGCUGGCGGAGACGCCGUGCUUGUCUGUAGGUCUUAGCUCCAGCCUCAAUGUCUAGCCUGAUUCGCCUCCUCGAGCCUGCCACCGAUCAGAAUCAGCAUGUGCCGGGGGGGGUUUGGAAUGAGAACUAACAAGAGCAGUAGCUCUGAAGGCAGCAGGUGGGACGUCCGUGGUCCCCCAGGGUUUAGAGAAGGUCAGACCUGAUAGACCUGCUGCUCUGACCUGGUAGGACCAGAGUGACGACCCUCCUCCCUCCCUUUCUCCCUGGUGCUGGGGCGACGCUGUCCUCAGACUGGACCCGUGGUUCUCACACUGGGGGCAAUAUGGACAAAGGGAAAGAAGUUUGUUUCUGUUGAAAAUGUUGGAUUUUAAUGGGGGGUGGCUGGCAAAAUCAUUCCUGAGUGUGGAAACUGUGAACAACAUAAUUAAUACAAACUCGAAGUGCCAUGUAGAAAAUAAUAG